GGCGGAGGAGGAGGAGGGAGCGGCCUCUCCGCCUCUUUCUCUCUCUCUCUCUCUCUCUCUCUCUUUCCUGGACCCAGCAGCCGCCGCCGUCGUGAUCGUGGAGGGCAGAGACCCACGCGGCAGCCCUCCGAAAGAGGAGCCUAGGAGGAGGAAGGAAGGAAGGACGAAGGGGGAUGCUGCAAAGCCGGGAGUAAUGGGGACAGAGGCGGAGGGGCCCUUCAAGGCCACCUGAAAGCCAUGGUCCAGGACCAGACCAAGCAGGGAAACCCUUGCCUUCGCCCAGAUAUGAGACAUGAGUGUUGGACGCAGAAGACUAAAGUUGCUGGGAAUUCUGAUGAUGGUCAAUUUCUUUAUAUAUGUGAUUGUGGAAGUCUCAAAGAGCAGUGGCCAAGAGAAAAAUUCAAAAAGCCACGUUAUAUUACCAGUCAACACAUUUUGGAAAAAGUUUACUCCUCACAAGGCCUAUUGGAAUAAACAGCAGCAGAAGUUGGAAUACUUGUAUAAUCCUAUUCUUGCUUUGCUUUUCAACAUGACUGUGGAAGAAAGGUUAUCUUCUAAUGGUAGCUUUUCAAACUUCUGUGAUCCCGACCCAUUUGUAGCUUCAGAACUUGAUGGUUUUGAAAACUUGCCAGAUCGAUUUAAAGAUUUCUUUCAUUAUUUGAGGUGUAGAAAUUACUCUUUAUUAAUGGACCAACCACACAAGUGCAAACAUAAACCUUUUCUGCUUCUGGCUAUCAAAUCACUCAUUCCUCAUUUUGAUAGAAGACAAGCAAUUCGAGAGUCUUGGGGAAAAGAAAUUAAAUCUGGAGACAUAACUAUUGUAAGAGUCUUCCUGUUAGGCCAGACUCCUCCAGAGGAUAAUUAUCCUGAUCUCUCGGCUAUGUUGAAAUUUGAAAGUGAAACCCACCAAGACAUUCUUCUGUGGAACUACAGAGACACUUUCUUCAAUUUGACUUUGAAAGAGGUAUUGUUUUUGAAAUGGGUCAAUAAUACUUGUCCAGAUGCCCAGUUUAUUUUUAAGGGAGAUGAUGAUGUUUUUGUGAAUACUCAUCAGAUCCUGGAUUACUUGAAAAGUUUAACCAAGGAAAAAGCCAAAGACUUGUUCAUAGGUGAUGUUAUCAAACAUGCGGGACCUCAUCGUGAUAAGAAAGUGAAGUACUAUAUUCCUGAAAGUAUUUAUGAAGGUUCUUAUCCUCCAUAUGCAGGAGGCGGUGGGUUUCUCUAUUCUGGUGAACUAGCGUUAAGAUUAAUCAACAUAUCUGAUGAAGUCCUUCUCUAUCCUAUUGAUGAUGUCUAUAUUGGAAUGUGCCUUCAGAAACUUGGGCUUGCUCCAGAAAAUCACAAAGGCUUCAAAACGUUUGAUAUUGAAGAGAAGCAAAGGAAUAAUAUUUGUUCAUACACAAACCUUAUGUUGGUCCACAGCAGGAAACCUCAAGAAAUUAUUAAGAUUUGGACAAACUUGCAGGAUCCACAUUUAAGUUGUUAAGUAUAUCUGUCUAAAAGCUCUUUCCAAAUUUCAGUUUAAAUUUUUGGCUUAAUGAUUAGUAUACUCACUUCAUUUGGUGGCUUGUUUUAUAAACCAAAAGUAGCUAAAAACAGUCUGACCAGUACCACUUAAAGCGAGACUGCAUUAAUAGCAGUGCACACCAUGAGGAUAUGGCAUGAAAAAAUACUGUACUUAACUUUCAACUGUCACACUCUCAGUGUUUUCACAGAAUAAAAUGUGGAAAAAUCAUAGCCCUUAGACAUUGUGAUGAACUAAUUAUUGAUCAAAUGAUUAGUUACCCUGUGAUAUUGGUUAUGUUGUUUUCUAGUGCUAGUAAGUAAUUGUGGUGGUAGAAUCAACACACUGUUCAACUUAUUUACCAUUAUCUAGAAGACACCGUUGUAACUCAAAUUUGAGGAAAAUAACAUCAUAAAUAAACAUGAUGAAUAGUUACUGGAAUAUAAUUUUUUAAAACCAGCAUUUUGUUAAAUAUGAUGGAGGCAAUUAUGCAGUCUAUAUAUGACAGUGCAUUUGAAAGGACAGAUGAGUCAUGUAUCUGUUGCUGAGAAUUGUAAAGCUUAAGCUAGAAUUGUGACUUGGAAAGUGAUUUUUUUUUCCUUUCUGUUGGAUUCACUAAUAGAAAAACAUUUUAGCCUUUUAAAUUGGUAUCAAAUAUGCACAGUCUGUUUUAUUUACACAUUUGGCUUAACAUUUUGUUUGCUGCUGUAUUUUAUAUUGUUUGUGUUUUUUUUUAAAUGGCAACUUAACACAAUUUAACACAUGAAGAACUUAAUUUUUUCAGAAAUUCUUUUGGCUUGUUCUAAAGGCUAGGAUUGCAGCCUCAUGAAAAUGUGGUGAUUAUUCAAAUCUAAAUUUUUUAAGUGAAUCCUAAAAUGUCAAGGAAUAAAUCCUAGAAUACUAUAAUUCCUACCUGCCAUAUCUUUGUGUUACAUCAAACAAUUAUUCAAAACAGUGACUGCUGUCUUUAUCUAUGUAGAAGUGCCUGUAUUUAUUGUUCAGAUUGAAGACCAAAACAGUUUCUUAAAUAUAUUUAAGAAGUAUUUGUAUAGUGUUGUCAGUCAUAUUUAAAGAGAGUACACUAUUUUAAAUGUGUUGAAAUAUAAAUUGUUAAAUAAAGUUAAUUGUUUUUCAAUUUGAAAAUUUUAAUCUAUUUGUUUUCCAAUUUGGUACCUCCUUAUGUUUAUAUUCUGCACAAUUCUAAAUAAGCAUUUACUAACUGAACACAGACACCCACUGGAUGAACAUGAGCAAGUCUCACUCUCUCAGCCUCAGUGGAAGGCAAGAACAAACCUCCU